AGGAUUCAAGAAGGUCAGAGGUCAACACGGCACUAACUCUUCCUUUCUAAAAAUAGCUACAAUGUGCGUUUUAGAAGUGGAACCGCGUAUCAUGCGAGCCUGCAAGAAGAACAGGGCCAAAUUCUAAGCAGGAAUACAUUUCGAUUAAUGAUUACCACAGAAUUUGGCCCUGAUCGAAAAUGCAGACCCGAAGAACUUUUAACAGUGGAUACAACUACUAACGUCCUAUAUGAGUGAUACAUCGGACGACAGUGUUGAUUCGGUUAUUGCGGUGCAUGAUCCUCGACGCUUAAAAGCUGCUUUCCCUGUCGCUUCUGCAUCACCACCAGUCCACACUUCUAAAAAAGCACAAACCCAAAGUGAAUCUAAAUUAUCUUUAGUCCCAAUAGAGACUGUUACACCUGAAAAACCACAAGCAAAGAGCCAAGAUACCAAAACUAGCACAGAUAAGCGCACUAAGCCAAAAGAAACCACCGCUACGGGCACAGCACAAAAUAAAAACGACCAUAACGUCAAACCUACAGCUUUAUCAGAGACGCACAUAAAAAAUAAAAGCGAUAACAAAGACAAAGAAAAAGGAUCUAAGACACAAGAGUCAUCCCAAAAAGAAAGUUCGCCCAAUCAAACAGGAAAAGAAACUAACGAAAGCUCCACAGAAACAAAAUCUGUAGAUGGAAAUAGCCAAGCGGUUUCGGAUGUGAAACGUAAGCGUAAACGUCGGAAAAAUAAACGUUCGAAAGAAAACUCCAAUCAGCUUCAGUCGCCAGACCCCCCAAAACCUUUAAAAAAUGUGAUCGAAUCUGUCAUAGACGAGAUAACUCAAGACAAACAAACCGCCCCAGAUAAAGAAAGAGGAAAAGAGGGCGAUAAUAAAGACAAGAAAACAACGAAUAAAAAAGAUACACAGAAAACAAAACCCUUAAAGGUAGCAACAGGCACUAAUACAAAACACGUAGGAACAGAAGAUGUCACCAAACCGAUAACGAAAGACCCACCAAUCAAGGACGAAGCUACAAAAUCUGAUAUGGGUAAUAAAUUUAGUAGCGAGAAACACAAGGGCAACAAGGACCAUGAUUGUCGAAAGAAAGAUAAAGAAUCCAAAAAGAAAAACAAAGGCAGUAAAAGUAAAUCACCAACUAGUGACAAAGAUUUGUCGGUGGAUAAUAGAAGCAGCAUUGAAACAAACGAUAGCUACUCGUCAGCUGCAACCCUUGUGGCCACAGCUAAAGCUGCUAUCGGUAAAAGAUCUCCAAAAAAGUCUCCUCGGGCAAUACCUCGUUCCGGUGUCAGAUUAAGAGAUGCUAUAUCGUCCGAUGAUGAAUCGUUUGCAAGUGCUGGAUUCAGAACUCCCCAAGCAACAACACCAUUAUUGAAGCGGGCAGCUGACCCUACUUCACCGUCCCAGCGCCUACUAGAAUUCGGGAGGAAUAUGGAAAGGGAUAUUACUGAAAAGUUCAGAAAUAUAUCGCCAUCUAGUGCUCAUCCAAAUAAGGACAAUGCUGAAAAGUCAAAAAAGGGAAAACACGACAAAACUGGAAAUUUUGAUAGUCCAUCUAGUUCAAAAGAUACAAAAGAACCAACCGGGACAUCGGCUUUACCGGACAAGCUCUUUUCGUCUUUACCAAAGCGUUGUAGCAAGGAUGUUAACAUCGAAACGGAUAGCGACAGUUUUGGCAUGUUUGAAAAUACUGAACGACUGUAUGCUUCACUCCCGAAAGACUAUUACCCAAUUGAUGAUAAUUUAAGUGAUGAUGUUUUUAUGAGUUGCAUCGAUUUAGCUGCAAAUAGUCCAGACAUUCCAUUGCGAUCUCAGAAUUCACCUUCUAGAACCGCAGCACAAAUGCACUCUAGUCCUGCUACUUCACGUAAAGAUUUAAAACCAUAUCAACAAAAAUCGCCGAAACCGCCACAUAAGCAAUCAACUUCACCUUUUCCGACGCAUAAAACAACUGUGCAACAACCAUCCUCAAUCAGCCCCAUAACCUCUAAUUAUUCACCAGAAGAUGCGCCUAAAAAUCCGACUAAUCAAAGACGCUCACCAAAAUCUCCAGGAACCUCGAAACGUUUACUUAAUGAAUGUUCCGAAUCAUCAAAGUUGCAGAGACAUACACCAAUGGAAUGUUCGAAAUCUCCAAAAUCUCCUAGACACAAAAACUCGGAUAAAGUAAUCACACCGAAUAACCCGAUUAAUGGGAAUGCUACAAAAUCUCCUGGUACCACACGCCGUCAAGCGUUGGAGGCUUCGAAAUCCCCCACAUCUAGUGCAUCCCCAGCAGCACAACUUUCACCUAAAUCACCAAACAGAUCGAGACGCGUACCAACAAGGGAUGAUUCAAAAUGCCUUACAACACAAGGACUAACAAGUCCCGAUGUUAUACCAAAAAAGAGCCCCACCACGGAUCCCAAAUCCCAAAAAGAGACAAGAAGGGUGAAAGAAUCGAAACAAAAAUCUGCAGAGGUUAUCUACAGUAAAAUUGACAAGACUAGCAAAGCUGAAAAAUCAAAUGCGAUAGAAAAGGAAACUAAAACUGGAAAUAAUGUUGGGGUGUCGGAUAUUUCAACAUGUGCAAAAGCUGUCGAAGAAAACACCCAAAUCCAAGAUAGCCCAAAGCCCUCGAAGCAAGAAAAGAUACAAGCUGAUGUCGAAAAGAAAGAGCAUCUAAAAUCAACUUAUGAUAACGUUCCCGAUUCCGAUGAUAGCAUGGUCUACUUUACUAGCAAAAACGACCCUGUUUUCUUUGAAGACAAUUGUGUUUCAGAAGAAAUAAUAGCAACAGAGAAGACUCCAAUGCAUUAUAAAGUAGAAGAACCAAGAAAAUUUGGGAUUGAAAUCUUGAAACCUCCCGAGCAAGGUAAAAUAGAAUGCGUGCUUCUGGAAAGAGAACCCAACAAUCCCUCGCCAAUUAUUCAACAGAAUACUUCUGAACAAAUCGGAGUAAACGAAAAGCACGGAAAUGUCCCAGAAAAAGACCCGGUUGCUAAAAUCAUAUCAUCAACCGAUAAAUCUACUGGGCAGACAACUUUUACUACUAAACAAUCUGCAAAGUCCCAAAACCCACCAAAGCAAUUCACAAAAAAUCCAGACAUAGUUCCAGCAUCUUCAAAAUCACAGAAUCAAGAAUGCAAAAUAUCACGUAAUCUGGAUUUGGUUGAAGCAUUACCAGUGUCACCGAAUCAAAACCCAGUUCAGGCACCACCAAAUCCGAGCAUGGUUCAACCAACCCAAAAAACACAGAAUCCAGACCUGAUUCAGGCAUCUCAAAGCUUACAAAAUCUAGACUUGGUUCAGUCAUCCCUAAAGGUACAAAGUCCAAACUUGGGCCAAUUAGCAACUGGGUCAACUGAAUAUGAACAGGCAAGUAAUCAGGGAACAAUCACAGAACCAGGGCAACAGCUUACAAAACGUCAGAUCCGUAGAAGAAACAAGAAAAAGAAACUAGGAAACCAAGGUAGUUUAGAUAGCGGUUCAGAAGUCCCGUUAAGCCCUACACUGAUCCCCACAACGGAUUCUUUGUCAGCCACUGUACAGGAAACAAAGGAAACUCCAAACAUUGAAAUGGGGAAUAUAGAAAAAGUGGUGGAGCACACUGAAACUAAAAUCUCAGUUGAUAAGAAGAACGUAGACGCACGCCUAUCUUUGCCCGAAAAAGACAACCAGCCCUUAAAAGAAGGGAGGGGAGAAACAAUACCGAAAUCCGAUAAAAAAAAUCUCCAAAAUAAAGAUAAGUGUGCAGUCGAAUCUUGUAUGCAGACAAACGUGUUUGGAACGGAAGAUAAUGCGUCUGAGUUACCUCCUGUGCUAGUUGAAAAGAAAGUCAGAAUAAACUCAGAUAAGGAUAAAACUACCCAUGUACCUCCUCCCAGUCCCAUGGCGAGAGACAAUUUGAUGGAAAUAACCGAAGAGGACGAAGAAAAAGAAGAGGCGGAGUGUAAAUUAUCAAAUGAAAAGGACAACGAUGUGCUUGUUUUCGGAGAGAGUGUUUUGAAACGUUUGUCGAGUCUUGUAGAAUCACAAGGCGACAAUAAUGAACUCGAAAGGAGAUUUCAGCAUGAUUUCGAUGAAGACGAAGACGAAGAAAUAUGUGGUAAGCAAACUUGUUUAAGUGUGUUGGAUGAAAUAUGUGAUAUGGGAGAAAAGUUUAAAAAAGAAAAUGCAUCCAAUCAGAACGUAGAAAAAGACAUCCCUUUAAAAGAAACUGUUAAUGGCAAUGAAGCAGAUGUCUUACCAGCUUGUGCUAAUUUAAUCAGUGAAGGUAUCCCAAAAUCCAAAACCCAAUCCCCCGUUCAAAAACGACCUAGUAUACCGUGUGAAUUGCAGUUAAAAGACUGUGAAAAUCCAAAGACAGACUCCCUACCGUCUACACAAAACUCACUCGAGAACCAAAAUUCGGAACCCAAGAGAGACUCCCAACAGAUAACCGAAGUUAUUAACUCCUAUAGUGAUGUCAUUACUCCAACUAAUUUAUCAAAUUUAGAAAAUCUACCAAAGCCGGACACUUCAAAUGUGAUGUUAAAUCCCACUGGAUUAGUGCUAAAAGAGCUUCGUAGUUCAAGCGACGAAGAAUUUCAUUCUCCAUUACGGAGAUUUAGUGGCGAUGAACUUAGGAUUCCAGCAAUAGAGGAGACCUUUAGUGAACUUAUGUCCGUAAAGAAUAUUUUACAAGAUAUGGAGGAUAAAACUCCAACGGCCGAGGUCCUACCGAAGUUUAUCGGCCCAGAAGGAAUAGCCUCGCCCCCAAGCUAUUUGAUAGGCAGUGGUCGUCGAUCGCGCAUGUCACCGGCCAUAACAGAACGUACAGAAUCCGAACUGGAUAUGUCCGAACAGCUUGAUAAUGUCAGCAUAGGCACUGACAGCAUGUAUGCUGACGACGAAGACGACGGCUGUGAAUUAAUUUUUAAUAAAACGUAUACCGAGGAUAAGGGUGCAGAGUGUUUAGUUAGCUGUACGUUUUACAAUACGUCUCAUGACUAUGAUAGUGAUGAAUUCUGGGCAGAUAGUUCAGCUGCCGAGGACCAUUAUAAAGUUGUAGAGAGUUCCGCUAACGAAGCCUCGUGUACCUUCUAUAAAGCCAGAAGUGAAAUGCAUGAUAUACAGCGUCAUCUACAAGAUCUACGACGCCAAAUGGAACAUUUACAGGAAGAUGUUCAAACAACGACUUUAACACCUACAUAUUCUAUGGGGUCUAGUGAAUGGCGACCUAUAACAGAAUAAAUCGAAUCUGUUGUUUCUGAUUAUUUAUUUGGAAGACUAUUGUUCAUCGCUAAACAUUAUAAAUUGUAAUCCACAAAGCGAUAGAAAUCAACUGGUUGUAGUGAGAAUCGUAAAAUUGUGAUGGAUUAACAUUUAUUUUCGUUCUAAUGUCCAAUUAUUUUAUAAGAACUGCUACGAGAUUCUUACUUUUGGGGGUAUUUAUGCUCUCAGGUUUUGACCGGUUUAAGUUUUGUCUAGAACUUAUCGGACUAAUAUUUCCAAAAACAAAACUGAGUGUUAAAUUUGAAACGAUUCAAACUUAUUGCUUGGGUUUGAUGCAUGCAUUACUAAUACAAAAUGACAUCUAAUUGAGAAGGGAAACCAGGUCCCAAAUUGGCUUUUAAUUUAACGUUUCAAACUUUAUCUUGUUAAAUUACUGACUAGCUGUGGGAUAUGCUAUUUGACUUUAUUGUGUUCACUUUAAUUUCAGAUAAUUAGUUUAGGCACAUGUUAUAUCUCGUUAUGAUAUGAAAAUGUGGUUCUUUGACGGAGACAAUUGUUUGUCGAACAUUGUUGCUGAUUUGUAAACUGAAUAAUUGAAGGUUGGGGGGUUUAUUUUCAAAGACUGAACAUCUAAGGCAACGUCUAAAGGUUUUAUUGAAUUAUUGUUUUUAAAUACGAAUGGUGUGCAUUUCCUAUAAAGGUUAUGUUACACGAUGCAUGGGGGACUAAUUAUAAGAUGUGUAAACCUACUUGUAUGAGUAAAUGACUACUAAACGAUUUAUAAAUUAAUAAAAUUAAUGUCCCCACGAUGCGUGUUUCAUAAAUUAUUAAAUUAAUUUUUAUUUUAACUAAAUUGAAAAUGUUCCAAGAAAAAGCUAAGUAACCACAAAGCACAAGAUUAUUUGCCAAAGAAUGUUUUCGACGUUUCCUUAGUCGCUCAGAAACCUCAAAUUUGUUAGAUUUUACGCAUUUCAUUUAUGAGAGCAUCCAUGAAAGCGAAGAUUUGAUAUUUUUUUUUUCUUCUAAAAUAGAUGGAUUGGUAGUUUUCUCUUUUAAGUUUUGGUAUGUUGUAGUGAUGGUUGCAUUAAGAAGGAAUCACAUUUCAUGCAUUUUAUUAGCAUAUGUAAAUAUAUUAUUGCACUUGUCAUGCACUUUGACACUUGGUCGUUUGCAGUUAUACCAUAUGGAUUAAACUAUAAACAAAACUUGAACGCAAAAAACAAAAUAAUAAUCAAUUCUAAUAAACAAUCAAUAUCCAACUUCUGAAUCAUCAAAAUUUUGUCCAUAUAAAACUGGUAGCACGUGCUCUUUAAGCAUAAUUGUCAAUUUGUAAAAAAAAUGCAAAAGAACAUCUUUUAGCAAUAUAGUCAAUACUUUUAACAAAUACCUCUGUAUAUAACGCAGGUAGUUAAUGGUAAUAACUGAUUGAUAUCUUAAUAAUAGUAUUCAAUACAUGUAUAAAUAACCAAUAAGUACAAACAAAGACCAUUAAAAUACGUUAAUAUGACAGUCAUGUUAUUUUCAAGUAUUAAAGAAGGCAAGUCUCUAACUCAGUAUCAUCCACAGUCUUCGACAUUGCAAAUACGUCUUUGGUCAAUUCUACAUUGAUGUUGUUAUCUUACCGUGAAAAGAUGGGCUUCGGAUAUCCAAUAUUUAAGACACAAUGAAAAUUUUAAAAUUGGCACACGAAUCGCGUGCCAGAUACUUUCGAGUGCCAGAUACUUUUGUAAUGACGCGACUCGAUGAACGAGGCUAAACAUAACCUACAGGAGAAUACUACCGCUGUAGACUGGAAUAACCAGAUGCCAUAGACUGCCAUUCAAUUUGGACUCGUCGCAUAUGUCGCCGAAUAUAACUGAUUAGAAAUUAUGAUAAAAACAGAAACGAUUGAAUGUAAAUUAGUUUAUGUACAUUCAUAAUACAUUACUAUAUGCGUUGCGACCUAUUUGUGUCCAUUUCUAGGUGCCAAAGAAUAGAGAUUUGGCCCCUUUAACUAUAGUAAUGUAUAAAUAUUGAUUAUAAUAUUAAUAUCUAUUAUUUUGUAUCAAAUCAGCUGUUACCUAUCUAUAGAUAUGUUAGCUCGGGAUGAAUGCCGAUCUUUAGCUAGACAUUAUAAUAUUUGAGUAUUUUUGUUUUUAUUAUAAUUGUUUAGUGCUGUAAGUUUAUUUAAUAUGUAAAUAAAUGGUUUUAUAAAGCG